GUAUAUAUAUAUAUCAGCCAUGGGCUUAGGACGUGCAUGAUUGGUGAAAUGUUGGGGCUAUAUGUAUAGUAUAUAUAAUGAUAUAUACCUCUUACAUAUAUCAAAGCUCAAAAAGUUCAAUCGCUUGCUUUGCGAACACAUGGAAAAUAAUGAGCAGCCACUCCUGUCCACUAGUAGAGAAAUUGACCACAAUCUAACUUCAACCUGUUCUGCUGAUGGUGGAAACGACAUAGGUCCAAUUAAUGGAGUCCGGGACAUCUUUAGAGAAUUCUCUGUGGAGUCCAAGAAGCUCUGGUUGCUCGCCGCUCCGGCUAUCUUCACCUCCAUUUUUCAAUAUUCCAUGGCCGCUAUCACUCAAGUCUUUGUGGGCCAUCUUGGAACUACUGCUCUUGCUGCCCUUUCCGUUGAAAACACUUCCAUUGCUGCUUUCGGUUAUGGCAUCAUGUGGGGCUUGGGAAGUGCACUAGAGACACUUUGUGGGAUAGCAUUCGGAGCUGGUCAUCUUGAAAUGCUAGGGAUAUACAUGCAAAGAUCGUGGGUAAUACUCAACACUGCAGCAUUAGGACUCAUGUUUCUCUAUAUAUUCGGAACCCAAUUCUUGAAACUAAUCGGCCAGACUGACGAGAUAUCUGAGGCAGCCGGGAAAUUGGCCUUGUGGAUGUUUCCGCAGCUAUUUGCCUAUGCCAUGAAUUUUCCACUAGCUAAGUUUCUGCAGGCACAGAGGAAGUUCAUGGCCAUGGCGGUGAUCUCGGGGGUGGCACUGGCUCUGCAUAGUUUGUUUAGCUGGUUGUUGAUGCUGAAGCUGGGGUGGGGACUGGCGGGUGCAGCGGUUGUGCUGAACGCGUCAUGGUGGUUCAUUGUGGUGGCUCAGUUUGUGUAUGUUGUGAGUGGGACUUGUGGUCGAGCUUGGACUGGCUUCUCCUUGGAGGCCUUUCAGAAUCUCUGGGGGUUCGUUAGGCUAUCUCUCGCGUCAGCAGUUAUGAUCUGCUUAGACACGUGGUAUUUUGCGAUCCCAGUUCUCGUGGCCGGAUAUUUAAAGAAUGAAGAGGUUUCAGUGGAUGCCUCAUCUAUAUGCAACAACAUACUGGGCUGGACAACGAUGGCAGCUUAUGGAUUCAAUGCAGCCAUAAGCGUAAGGGUGUCAAAUGAACUGGGUGCAGCUCGUCCGAAAACUGCAAAAUUUACGGCAGCUGUAGUCGGAAUAACUUCAUCGUUAAUCGGUAUCUCUUUUGCAGUCAUUCUAAUAAUCACCCGAAAACAGUAUCCAGCCUUAUUUUCAACCAAUACAGAGGUCAAACAGCUUGUAUAUGAGCUCACGCCAGUGCUAGGAGCAUGCAUUGCCUUCAACAGUGUUCAGCUUUCUCUAUGUGGGGUGGCCAUUGGAGCAGGGUGGCAAGCUUUUGUUGCAUAUGUGUAUAUUGGUUGUUACUAUAUAAUUGGUGUUCCUUCGAGUCUCCUACUGGGUUUCGCUCUUAACAUGGGUGUCCAGGGGAUCUGGAAUGGAAUGCUCUUUGGAUUUAUCGUACAAACAUGUGCUAUGUUAUGGCUUAUUUAUAGCACAAACUGGAAUAAAGAGGCUUCGAUCGCCGGAGACAAAAUUAUAAAAUGGGGAGGAGAAAUAGAUGCUAACAGGGACGAGAAUGAACCAAAUAGUAUCACGGCAUAAAGCCACCAUGAAACAAGUGACAAUUCAUGGCACAUUCAACAACAUGCUCAGGAUGGCAAUAUUUCAUCAAUUUUGACAAUUGCAUAAAUGCAGUUUGGGGUGGAGUCUUAGCAGAAGAAUAAAGAUGAUAAAUUCAAAUAUUUUAUCGUUCAAACAAAACAAUAAUAUUUACUUCUCCUUCCUAGACGGCCUCCCACUUUUUUUUUUCUUUCCGUUUGUUUCGAAGGAAAAUAUUUUUAUCUUGUAAUGAGGUAGCUCAUGCUUGAGCAGAUGGGCUGCCCAGAAUCGAAAAAAGAGAGAGUGGGAUGUAUGGUCACAAUGGUUGUUGAAUUCUCUUAAUGACAUUUGUAAUGUUUAUGAAUUUUUACUUGAAUUUUUGUUGUUACUCGGAA